AUGUCCAAAUUAACAGAAAUAACCAAUCUGUUCGCUAGUCUCGCAUCGAACCUCGAAACCCUAGAUGAAACAGCAACAAGUGAAUCUCAAAGUACAGAUCUCUCAAUUUCAAUCUCAAAUCUGACCCAAUCUCUAAAUUUGACCCCAACUUCUAGGGUUAAGGUUUUGGACACCGCACUAUCUUUGAUGUGCUUCACAGCUCCACAGGUUUUAAACUCGAUGAAUGAAGAUUUGGUGAAAACUAUAAUUACUGCUUUGUCCUCAUCGAUUGGUUGUAUGGUGUUGAGAUUUGGUAAAGAAGAGGUUCUACGAGUUGGUGGGUCGAUUUCGAGUCAGGAUUGUGUGGAAGUGGUUCAAGCGUGUUCAGAUGUUUUGGGAAGAUGCCAUGGGGUGCUUUCUCGUUCACUAUUAUAUGCUGUUGCAAGAGUGGCGAUAUCAGCAUCACGCUUUCGAUAUGCAUUACAAUUGACACCUAUUCUUGAUCUAAAAUCUAUGGUUGGAAGAACUCCUGAGUUUUCAAAGCUGCUAUGCCAUUUGCCAAAAGAAAACACUCUUAAGAGCCGAGAGAUACCGUUGAGGGGUUUGGCUUCUGUAUUAGAGCUUCAAACUGAGUUAGUCUCCUGGACUCUGACUGGGCCACUGUAUUGCCAAAGUUUUCUACUGUUACUUCGUAAUAUAAGCAAAGCAGCUCCCCACACUAAAAGACAUUCUGAUCCAACUCCUAGGCAAGCUGGAACAAAGAUUACAAUGGUCAAUCAUAUUUCUAUGUGGGCUCUGGCAAUGAACUUCCCAGAUUGGUUCUUUUUUGCCUCCGUAUUACUCUUCUCCAGGAAAAGUAUUCAAGACAAUUUUCAUUCACAAUGCACAUUUGGGGCAUCCAAAGCAGAACAAUCACAUAAUGUGACACCACCUUGUACUGUUGCUGCAGCGAGGUACAUUGCAUGGAUUCUGAAUCCCAUCAGCGAAUCUCAACAGGAUCUGUUAAUUGAUUGUUUGACUAAAUUAUCAGGGUCCUCAAAUCUUGAACAACUUGGCUCAGAUAAAUGUGAGACAGCAACGAGUGGCUACAAGAAGGAAUUUAAGAAACACAAGUUCCAUGGUAAGGAGGAUCAUAUUUCCCUUGAGCAAAGAAUUCUUGUAUGGCUCAAAAUAUUUCAAGACAUGUAUGUUACUUAUUGUAAAAGAGCUAUCUACAGUUCUGCAUCCACUGAGGUGAAAACAUCUCUAGGACUUGGCCUUCAGCAAAAUGCUUUAUUUAGGAGAAUUUCAUUAGGCUUCUUGCUCGGGAACUACAAUCGUUUAAAUGAAGAGGGUUGUGAAAUACUUUUGCAUUAUGCUGCCACUGGUACAAUAUAUCCAACGACAGAAAUCCAAAAUACUGGUUUGAAGCACAAAAGAUGGCACUCUGAACGGGAGGAUGAAUUAAUUACGCGGACUAAUAUAUAUGACGAAAAGGAGGCUGUAGCAGGAGCCUGUCUUGUCUUCCAUUUUACUGAUACCAUUGAGAAUAUGUCAGCUUCAAUCUUCGAGACUGAAGAAAAUGGAGUAGAUUUUAUUUGCCAGGUAAAAUCAAAAGCUGGAUAUUAUUUACUCAAGUGUGUCAAGAGGCUCCUCCAGCCAAAAACUGACGAAAUUGAGGGACAUUUGAUUCUAAGGGAUCUCUAUGAUAGACUGGUCCGGUGGAGACAUCAAGGGCAGGAUGUAUUUCAUGGUAACAAUGAUACGGAUGAUGCAAUUGCUGCUUUGAGUAAUAAACUGCAUUCCUCCUGAGGAAGUUCUCUAGGCCUUAUGUUGUUGUAUUUUGUAAUUUCUAUACAGGUUGCAUGAAGCUGUGUCACUAGUACGUCAAUAUAAGUAAGGAAUUAAUUUC